AUGUGUUGGAGCUCGCAGUGUGUAUUGACUAACUUUGUUUCUUUUUUUUAUUAUUUAUUUUUUUGCUUUUCUGAUAUUGUCUCGUUAAGUGGCUCCUGAGUAAAAUGUCCUCUGAGGGUGGGCUGUGGGUGGGAAGCACAUGGUGUGUUCCAGGCCAGGACCUGCCAGCUCCUUCCUUGCAGGGCCUGGGAGAGCACACCCUGCAUAGUUUUUUUCCAAACCAAAUGGACUGAUGGCUCAAUUAUCACCUGAGCAAAGAGCAGCUGCCUGUAAAUUUUGCCCAGCACAGCCCUGUUUUGUGAUGUGAUAGCAUGGGGCUUGGUAUCUCCUGCCCCUUCUUCACAGAAAAAUAAAACAACCAAAAAACAAAGGGUGGAAAAAAUAGCAGGUUUUGGCUGGGAGCCAGCCUGUCUGUCUCCUUUUCUCUUCUGGCUGUGCUGCAUCUUUACGUGGAUGACAGGCCUUGGACAUUGCUUGGCUCACCAGCACCCUGUUUAACAUGGUGUGCUGGAUGAAUAAAUGCUAAAGUAGUGUUUGUUGCCAAUUAUCAGUGUUCCAGAAUAUCCUGUUACCCUAUAAGGUUUUGGUUUUGGGUUUUUUUGAGUAAUUUUGGGGAGCAGGAGCACCAAGUAUUUUAAUCUGCAUAUUGAGGUGAAAUGUUCAUGCUGAUGCCUGUGCUCUCUUGGUGUUCUAAUGUCUCUUAUUUAAACCACACAUGAAUUUCAGGAGAUGAAACCAGACAAAGGGUGAAGUUUACAGACGAUCGUGUGUGCAAGAGCCACCUUCUGGAUUGCUGUCCCCAUGAUAUCCUGGCUGGAACACGGAUGGACCUGGGCGAAUGUACAAAGAUCCAUGACUUGGCUCUGCGAGCAGAUUAUGAGAUUGCAAGUAAAGAGAGAGACCUGUUUUUUGAGCUGGAUGCAAUGGAUCACCUGGAAUCCUUCAUUGCAGAGUGUGACAGGAGAACAGAACUGGCCAAGAAACGCUUGGCUGAGACACAGGAAGAGAUCAGUGCUGAAGUGUCUGCAAAGGCAGAGAAAGUACAUGAGCUGAAUGAAGAUAUUGGAAAACUCCUAGCUAAAGCUGAACAGCUGGGAGCUGAAGGAAAUGUUGAUGAGUCUCAAAAGAUCCUGAUGGAAGUGGAGAAAGUCCGAGCGAAAAAGAAAGAGGCAGAGGAAGAAUACCGAAAUUCAAUGCCUGCAUCCAGUUUCCAGCAGCAGAAGCUGCGUGUGUGUGAAGUCUGUUCAGCAUAUCUGGGUCUCCAUGACAACGACCGGCGUCUUGCUGACCACUUUGGAGGCAAAUUACACUUGGGUUUCAUUCAGAUUCGUGAGAAACUGGAUCAGCUGAGGAAAACAGUGGCAGAAAAGCAAGAGAAGAGAAACCAGGAUCGUUUGAGACGGAGAGAGGAGAGAGAACGAGAGGAGAGGAUGGGCAGACGGUCUGGAUCAAGAAAUAGAGAUCGUCGAAGAUCCCGCUCUCGGGAGCGGAGGCGGCGACGCUCCAGAUCAGCCUCCCGGGAACGGCGGAAGUCGCGCUCGCGCUCCCGGGAGCGGCACAGGCGCCACCGGAGCCGCUCCCGCAGCCACAGCCGAGGGCACCGCCGCGGCUCCAGAGACAGGAGCUCCAAACACAAAUCUUCUAGAGAUCGAUCUUCAAGAGAAAAGUCCCGAGACAGAGAGAGGAAAGAGAAGAGCUCUUCUGAGAGGCGGCACGAGAGCACAAAUGGCAAAUCUCGUUCCAAGAGGUCAGAAGAGAGAGAAGCUGGCGAGAUCUGAACUCAAAAUGAUCUGUGUUGCACUGUAAAUAGUCUGAUAAACAUUCUACACAAAGCCUAAAUUUCCCAUUUAUAUUUACUGAAUACAACUCAUCUUUUGUAGUUUGGGAUUUUUAUUGUUUGGCAGAUAGCUGUGAGUUUGUAGAGACACAGAGUUACGUACUGUUUAACAGGAUUUUGUUUUAGUAGGAAUAAAUAAAUCUGGGUGGAUGGUUUUCAGUCCAGGCCAGUGUGGACACCCCAUGUUUGUCCUGAUGCAGCGAGUGCAGCAGUCAGGGCCAUGCUGUGCCUGGAGCCCUGAGCUGCCCUGACCUUUGUAACGCUUCAGCCCUUCCCAAAAGUCCCACCUGACCCUCUGUGAGCACACCAGUAGCACUGGUUCUCAAUUAUAUUUUUUCCUUCCGUUUAUAUAUGUUAAAAGAAAAUUCAUUUUUUUUUUCCUUCCUUUUAGUACUUAGCCAGCUCAUUUUUAUGUCUCCAGCACUUGAGAGUUGCCCCACUUGCCCAGCUAAGGCAAAACAGACAAAAUUUGGCCCUGAUCUAUUAUGAAAGCUGUUCAACAUUGAGGAUGACCCAAUGAGCCAAAACAUGUUUAUAAGCUGGGCUCAAGUCUGGUUUUAGUACCUUUACAGUUCAGAUAGUUGGUGUGAGCAAAGCAGUGGGAAACCUGGCUGGUUUCUUCUCUAGAGAAGCGCAGCCAUAGCUCAUCUGCCUAUUUACUGUGCACUCUGCAGUCAGAGCUUCCCCGCGGGGCUUCCUGACCUGCAGACAAAGCAGUUGCUGUGUUUCCAAGGCCAGGCAGGCAGAGCGUGCCGAGGGGACUCGGGCUGGAGCCCGUGCAGUGUGUGCCCCUGCUGGGAGCGAGGCACAGCCGUGUCCCCACGCGUGCGGGAGGCUCUGCCUGCUGGCACUCGCUCAUUUGUACCUCGGUUUGUUUCCCACGAGGGCAGGAAGGCGCCUGGCUGUGCCAGCCCCAGCCGCGACCCCCGUUGUGGGAAUGGCGCGAGUGCAGCGCUGUCACCCGCCGAGCCGGGCGCUGCUCGCUGGGGCGGUUCAUUAACUGCCGCCGUUAAUUGCCAUUCCCAGGGGCGGCUCCGGCCGGCGCUCCCCCCUCUCUCCAUUCUCUCCCUCCCCCCAGACGCGGCUCCGGUUCCGCCGCGGUGCUCCCCCGGUGUCAGUCCCUAGUGCAUGCCCCCCCUUCCCUGUCCGUUUUUACAAUUAAUUCCGCGGUUUCACGUGCUGUUUUUGUAACCUCCGUGUGGGGCGCGGGGGGCGGCGGGCGCGCGCUCGGGGUGCCUGUACGUGCCUGUGCUGUUCUCCCGCGGUCUGAGCGCAUUAAAGAUCUGUGUUUGUGGC